AUGUCCGAGAUUCGCCGCAAGCUGGUCAUCGUGGGUGAUGGUGCCUGUGGUAAGACUUGUCUUUUGAUUGUCUUCUCCAAGGGAACUUUCCCUGAGACAUACGUCCCCACCGUCUUCGAGAACUAUGUCGCCGAUGUCGAAGUGGAUGGCAAGCGCGUCGAGCUCGCUCUUUGGGAUACUGCUGGUCAGGAAGACUACGACCGUCUUCGCCCUCUCUCUUACCCCGACUCCCACGUCAUCCUGAUUUGCUUCGCCAUCGAUUCCCCUGACUCUCUUGACAACGUCCAGGAGAAGUGGAUUUCCGAAGUCCUUCACUUCUGCCAGGGUCUCCCCAUCAUUCUCGUUGGAUGCAAGGUCGAUCUCCGCAACAACAGACAGGUGAUUGAGGAGCUCGCCAAGACCUCUCAGUCCCCCGUCAGCGAGGAGCAGGGCAAGGACGUCGCCAAGAAGAUCGGUGCCUACAAGUACCUCGAGUGCUCCGCACGAACCAACGAUGGUGUCCGUGAGGUCUUCGAGUCCGCCACCCGGGCCGCUCUCCUGACCAAGACUCACAAGAAGCCUCACAAGUGCACCAUCCUGUAA